AUGCUUUCCUACGAUUCCACUCCUCUGCCCAUUAAGGCGUCCAAGUCCUUGCCACCAUCUCUCCAAGCGACCCCCACCAAUUCCUCACCAAUGACGGCGGCACCCCCAUCCCUCAACUCGGUUGCCGUCAACGGCCACAACACCAAGGAGCAGCAGCACAUCUGGCUAGUUACGGGCCCUGCUGGAUGUGGAAAGACGACAGUUGCUGAAUAUUUGGCCAACACUUUGGGCAUGCCCUAUGUUGAGGGUGACUCGUAUCACCCCCCUGCCAACAUCGAAAAGAUGCGAAAUGGCAUCCCUCUUACGGAUGCUGAUCGUUGGGACUGGCUCACUGCUCUCCGGGAAGAGUCAAUCCACCGCCUCAAUGACGGAUCCAGCGGCGUCGUUCUCACCUGCUCAGCUCUCAAGCGAAAGUACAGAGAUGUGAUCCGAGUGGCGGGAUACUACGACCAUCGAAUUCUCAUUCACUUUGUCUUCCUCGACGCUGCCGAAGAGGUCCUUCUCGCCCGCGUGCAAAAGCGACAAAAUCAUUACAUGGGCGCCAACAUGGUCCACAGCCAGUUCGACAUCCUCGAGCGGCCCUCGAGUGACGAGAAGGACGUCAUCACCAUCGAUGUCAGCCGAAGCCUCGAGGAGGUGCAGCAGGAAGCCCUGGCCAAUGUGUUGGAGACCAUGACCAAGGCCGACAACAGCUCAUAG